UUUUUUCUUAUUUUUGCUCGUCAAUUCUCAGUAUGGAGCAUAAGUCUCGCUCUUCUCCAAAACAUAUUUUGGCACGAAUCGGCUUCGAGUUCUCUGGUAAUUACAAAUUAGGCAGUGGUCGCUACAGCAAAGUCUACAAAGGUUACUAUAGGGACGGGGAACGCUUUCUUGCAAUUAAAGUCAUUGAUCUAGAGCAAAUAUCAGCUGAGUUUAGGCACAAGUUUUUGCCACGCGAGUUGAGUGUUUGGAAGCAACUGGAUCACAAGAACCACGUGUACCUCUACAAGGAUUUUGAAAGGGCUGGUUAUCAGUUCUCUAUUAUGGAGUUAGCCACAGAUGGGGAUAUGCUUUCGUAUGUCCAAAGCAAAGGGCCAGUUUCUGAAGCUUCAAGCCGUGGAUGGAUGCUCCAGCUUAUUGAUGCUCUUGUCUACAUCCACCAAAAAGAGAUUGCUCAUCGAGAUCUCAAACUGGAAAACAUUCUUCUCUUUGAGGGAGGCAUUCUGAAAAUUGCUGACUAUGGAUUUUGCAAACAAAGUAUCGAUCUAGCUUCCACAUUCUGUGGCUCAAAAUCUUAUUCAGCGCCGGAAAUUCUUCGUGGUGUCACUUAUGACACGUUCAAGGCUGAUAUUUGGUCUUUGGGUGUUAUUGGCUACAUAAUGCUUACCAAUACAAUGCCAUUCCGUGAGGAUGUUGACAACAUGGAUAUUGUUGAUGCUCAACGGCAUCGACGCUAUCGAUAUUCGUCCAAAUUGGGUCUUAGUUUUGAAUGCAAAUCUGCCAUUGACAAAAUGAUGACUUUUGACCCUAAACAUCGACCGAACAUUUAUCAAUGUGCUUUGUUAGAGUGGUUCUCCCCGUCUUCUACUUCUAAAGGUAAUACGAAGCGACGUCGCCCUUCUUUGUCAAACUAUGCCUCUUAUAAUUCCAAAAUUGGAUAAGGAGAGAUGUGUAAAAUAAAAAUAUUAGGAUUUCCCUUUUCUUUUUUCCUUAAUGUGAAUAUUUUCUAUUUAUAUAUCUAACGAAUCACCUAAACAAAAAAGAUCUCUCUCUCUCACUAUAACUAUAAUAAUGCUAAUUUUUAAUAUUUCCCGGUUAUUUCACUUAAUUUUAUUUGUUCGAAUGUUUUUUAAUAGU